AUGAAGUUCGCUGCUGCCGCCACGCUGGCCGCGCUCUUCGGCGCCGCCUCGGCCGGCUCCAAGUCUGACGACAGGACGUUCGCCGUUCUCCGUUUCAACAACAAGCAGCUUGUCAAGACCCGUGUUGACCCCAUCAUCAACCCUGGACAGCCCGCCACCCACGUCCACGGUGUUAUGGGAGGCAGCAACUUUGGCAUGUCGGCCACCGGCGAGACCCUUUCCCAGUCCAAGUGCACCAAUGCCAUGAUCAACGGCGACAACAGCGCCUACUGGUUCCCUUCGCUGUAUUUCCAGGACCCCAAGACCAAGGAGUUCGAACCGGUUGAGGUCUUCUACGUCAACGUCUACUACUUCUUCGAUGGCACCGACGACGAGAUCAAGGCCUUCCCCCGCGGCCUUCAGAUCUUCAGCGGCAACGCCUCCGCCCGUGCCCCGCCCUCCAUCGGAGGAAAGCAGAAUCUCGAGCCCGAGGAUGGCCCCAUUCAGCCCGUCCAGUGGACUUGCCCGAGAUCGAGCUACAACCCGCCCUCGUACCCUGUCAAUUCUGACGGUUCGACCGCCGGCAUCGUCGACCCCAACAACCAGGGCUCCGGCGUUGGUUUCCCUGACCAGAACUGUGACGGCUUCGGUUCUCCUCUCCGCGCCGACGUCCACAUGCCCUCGUGCUACAACCCCAAGGCCGCCCUUACUGACUAUGAGAGCAUGGCUUGGCCCUCCAGCAAGGGUGCCUCCAACGGCCGCCGCAAGAACUGCCCCGAGGGAUGGAUCCACGUCCCCCACAUGUUCUUCGAGGUCUACUGGGAUACGCCCAAGUUCGCCAGCCGUUGGACUCCCGGCCAAGGCGCCCAGCCGUUCGUCCUCUCCAACGGCGACGCCUCCGGUUACAGCCUGCACGCCGACUUCAUCGCCUCAUGGGACGAGGACGUCCUUCAGCAGAUCAUCGACAACUGCAACGCCGGCUCCUCCGGUAUGGACAAGUGCCCCGGCCUGUUGAAGGGUCUCAACACCAACAAGGACUGCACGAUUAACUCGCCGGUCGAUGAGGUCACCGACGGCAUUCUCGCCAAGCUUCCCGGAGACAACCCUCUCGGCGGCUUCUCCUUCGGCCCCAUCGUUGGUGGAAGUGACAGCGGUGCUGCUGUCAAGCCUUCCAGCGGUGCAUCCUCUGUCGGCUCUGCCAAGCCCUCUGCCAGCAAGGCUGCUGCCGGUUCCGUCAGCCAGGAGGAGGCCCCCAAAACUUCCGCUGUCGCUUCUUCCCAGCUGCCCAUCCAGGUGGCUCCCGAGCUGGCGAGCACCAAGCCUGCCGGACCCACCAACGCCGCCGUUGCACCCACCGCUAGCCUGGGCGGCUCCCAGCCUUCCAAGGCGACGUCUUGCCUUCGCAAGACCAAGACCGUGUGGAAGACCGUUACUGUCACCUCGCCCGCCGAGGAGUCCGGCGCCGCUGCCACCCCGGCCGGCUCGGCCGACGACUACAGCAAGGCCCGCCGCCACGUCCAUGAGCACAUGCAUCGUCAUCGCAGCCACCGCGACUGA